AUGAACAAGAGCAAGAGCUUGCCGUGGGGCCAUCUCUUGAAGGUGGACGAGCAUGACGGCACAGCGAGGCACGCCGAGAAGCAGGGAGAAGCGAGCAUCAGAGGGAGGCUGGUGUCGGCCGUGGUUGAUGCUGCUCUACCGUGGUCCUGGCUGGAUUUCUGCAGGGAGCAUCACGGGGGCACCGCCUGCAUGGCGCCCGUCACGACGGUGCCAGGGCUACGCCUGCUUGACCGCCACGAGAUGUGUGUUGUUGCCGCUCACGAGAUCGCCGCAGGUGGUGACAUGGACUGUCUCGCCCUGAGCUAUGCCUGGCCGCGGACGGAAGCGCACUCAUCGCCACUCGACUCGGACGGCCGCUUGCCAGGGAGCGUGCCGGUGUUGUUUGCCGACGCCAUCGGCUUCGCAAAGGUCCUUGCGUUCCGCUACCUCUGUAUCGACCACGCUGUUUUCAACAAGGGCGACGCUCUUACGUUUCUGCGCCUCAAAACCUUCUCCUUUGGCAUGGGGUUCACGAUCGAGGGGGGCCGAGCGAGGCUGGAGGCCGUUGCUUUGACAAGCGAGAACAGGGUGCUUGUCGAGGCCAUGAUUACGGCCUCCUUGUCACGGGCCGGAACUGGAAGGGAGGUGCAGACUGUGCGGCCACGGCAUUGA